GCUAUAUGACCAAUGUCGCUGCCGCACCGGCAGCGUAAAGAAAUUACCGAUGCGAAGAUUUUACCGGAAGCCCUUUUCUGUAGCUCUUCUUCGUAAUCGUCCGCAUCAUUCUUCUCAAUCUCGCUGUGUGUAUAAAAAUGACGGCUUUUUGUUGGAUGAUUCAAAGUGCUUGCCUUUAUCAAGCUCAAGGACGAGUGUUAGGUGGGUGUUCAAUAGCAUCUCGCUUCCUCCUCCCGAAUGGGUAGAACCCUUUAACGAUGUCUCCGAUUUGGUGAAAUCGAAUCGUAAUCUCCAGCCAUCUCCAUGGGUAAGCCAAAUUCUCAACCUUUUAGAUGGUUCAGACUCCAUGGAAUCGAAUCUAGACGGUUUCUGCCGUAAGUUCCUUAUUAAAUUAUCGCCCAAUUUUGUUUCGUUUGUUUUGAAUUCCGAUGAGAUUCAAGAAAAACCGAUUAUUGCAUGGAGAUUCUUCGGUUGGGCUGGUAAGCAGAAGAAAUAUUGGCAUAACCUCGAGUGUUAUGUCUCCUUGGUUGAUGUAUUGGCUCUGGCAAAAGAUGUGGAUAGAAUUAGGUUUCUCUGUAGUGAAAUCAGGAAGUUUGAGUUUCCUAUGACUGUUGCUGCGGCGAAUGCUCUGAUUAAGAGUUUUGGGAAGCUUGGAAUGGUGGAGGAAUUGUUGUGGGUUUGGCGCAAAAUGAAAGAGAAUGGGAUUGAGCCAACUUUGUAUACUUAUAACUUUUUGAUGAAUGGAUUAGUGAGCUCGAUGUUCAUUGAUUCUGCUGAGCGCGUUUUUGGGGUCAUGGAAAGUGGCAGAAUCAAACCAGAUGUUGUGACUUAUAACACGAUGAUCAAGGGUUACUGUAAAACAGGGCAGACACAGAAAGCUAUAGAGAAGCUUAGAGAUAUGGAGACGAGAGGCCUUGAGGCUGAUAAAGUUACGUAUAUGACAGUGAUCCAGGCUUGUUAUGCAGAUAGCGACUUUGGUUCUUGUGUGGCUUUGUAUCAAGAGAUGGAUGAGAAGGGAAUUCAAGUCCCACCUCAUGUGUUUAGCUUAGUGAUUGGUGGACUUUGUAAGGAAGGGAAAUUGAAUGAAGGGUAUGCUGUUUUCGAGAAUAUGAUCCGUAAAGGGUCUAAACCAAAUGUAGCUAUAUACACAGUUUUGAUUGAUGGUUAUGCGAAAAGCGGAAGUGUUGAAGACGCAAUAAGGCUUUUACAUAGAAUGAUAGAUGAAGGGUUUAAACCAGACGUGGUAACUUAUUCCGUCGUUGUUAAUGGUUUGUGUAAAAAUGGGAGAGUGGAAGAGGCAUUGGACUAUUUCCAGACAUGCCGGUUUAAUGGAUUUGCUAUCAAUUCAAUGUUUUAUUCUAGUCUUAUUGACGGUUUAGGAAAAGCAGGUCGAAUAGAUGAAGCUGAGAGGCUUUUUGAAGAAAUGUCUGAAAAAGGAUGCACAAGGGAUUCAUACUGUUACAAUGCACUGAUCGAUGCGUUAACAAAGCAUGGGAAAGUCGAUGAAGCGAUGACGCUAUUUAAGAGAAUGGAGGAAGAAGAAGGUUGUGAUCAGACGGUUUAUACAUACACAAUACUCAUAUCCGGAAUGUUCAAGGAUCACAGAAACGAAGAGGCGUUAAAGCUUUGGGACAUGAUGAUAGACAAAGGCAUUACACCAACCGCAGCUUGCUUCAGGGCGUUAUCAACUGGGCUUUGUUUGUCGGGAAAAGUGGCGAGAGCGUGUAAGAUUCUGGAUGAGUUAGCGCCAAUGGGGGUGAUACUUGACGCAGCAUGUGAAGAUAUGAUAAAUACACUGUGUAAAGCUGGACGGAUAAAGGAAGCAUGUAAACUGGCAGAUGGGAUAACAGAGAGAGGAAGAGAAGUGCCAGGGAGGAUCAGGACGGUGAUGAUCAAUGCAUUGAGGAAAGUGGGAAAAGCAGAUUUAGCAAUGAAGCUAAUGCAUAGCAAAAUUGGGAUUGGUUAUGAGAGAAUGGGUAGUGUUAAAAGGCGUGUCAAGUUUACAACUUUACUCGAUGAUACUUUUGGACCUAACUUUUAAGAAUGGUUUGGGUUUAAAUUUCCAAAACUAUGGCCAUGAAUGUUUGGUAGUUUUUAAAUGGGUUUUAGCUUAUAGUUUUUGGUUUU